CUGCUGGGGCUGCUGGGCGGUGUCACCGGGCCGCGGGCGCGCCGGGGCCGCGGGGGGAGCCGGGGCCGCCCCGCCGCCGCCGCCACCGCCACCGGCCGCCUCAUGGCCGCCCUGGCCGGGGUCUUCGUGUGGGACGGGCAGCGCAUCGAGGAGGAGGAGCUGCGGCGAUCUGCGCAGGAGAUGAAGCACAUGGAGAACAUAUCCAGCCUGUUACAGGGCAGCAGCCCGGACCGAGAGGCGAUCGUCGCAGCUGGGGAGCAGCCUUGGGAGAUGAUCAUGGACAAGAAGCACUUUAAGCUCUGGCGGCGGCCGAUCGAGGGCACCCACUUAUACCAGUACCGAGUGUUUGGGUCGUACACGGAUGUCACUCCCCGGCAGUUCUUCAACGUGCAGCUGGACACUGAAUAUAGGAAGAAGUGGGACUCGUUGGUCAUCAAACUGGAUGUAAUAGAGAGAGACCUGGCCACCGGAUCGGAAGUGAUUCAUUGGGUCACUCAUUUCCCGUACCCCAUGUACUCGCGAGACUAUGUCUACGUCCGACGGUACAGCGUGGACAAAGAGAACAACCUGAUGGUACUGGUGUCGCGGGCAGUGGAGCAUCCCAGUGUCCCUGAAGACCCUGAAUAUGUUCGUGUCAGAACCUAUGAAUCCCAAAUGGUCAUCCGUCCCCACAAAACCUUUGACGAGAACGGUUUUGACUACUUGCUGACCUACAGCGACAACCCGCAGACUGUCUUUCCCCGCUACUGUGUCAGCUGGAUGGUCUCGAGCGGCAUGCCGGAUUUCCUGGAGAAGCUGCACACGGCAGCCCUGAAAGCCAAAAAGAUGGAGAUUGAAGUGCGGGACUAUAUGUCUGCCAAGCCCAUCGAGAGCGGGGGCAGCGAAGGGAAGGCAGGUGUGGCCGCAGCAGAGCACAAAGGCGACGGGACCUGCAGCCCUGCCCAGCUGGAAUACGCCUGAGGAGCUGAACCUCCACUCCUCCAGUCUCAGGACAGGGGGCUGGGCUCCAGACAGGGACUUUCGUGCCGUGCCACUGCCAGAGCUUAGUUCAGUUUUUCCCUCCCCGUCUGAUCUUCAAAGCUCUGCUCCCUCGGGAGGACAGGGCUCCCAUCUCCCGCGCCGUGUGUGUUUGUGGCCAGGGCGAUGGAAUCCCACCUUGUGUGAUCAUUUUUGCUGUACCAGUAAAUAUAUCCCCUUUUCAACACGACAAAAAUACCCAAA